AUGAGAUUACUUGUGUGAUACUGAGUAACAAUGACAUUGGUGCCUGUGGAAUAUGGGCGACGUGGCAGCAUCUUACAUGGGUGAGAAAGAGAUGAAGGGAUCAUGUGGCCCAAUUUCUCCAAAAUACAUAUUUUCUGCUUCGUUCUGGCAGUGCUGGCUAUUCUGGCUUUAGUCCACAAUUUCUAUCAAUUGGAGAACCUGAAUGCCACAGGUUUGAAGUGGUUGAUAGAAGAUGAUGACCAGCAGCCUUUAUCACAGGUGACUAAAAUACCCAGAAAGCUAUACUGUGGUUAUGAGCACCAAGUUUUAUCUAAGAGGGAACAAGAGGAAGAAGAAUCUUUAUUUGCUGCUAUACAGUGGCCUAAACCCCCUGAAGACAACAUCCCAUUUGUGAGGAGCACAGACCCUUCUCAUAGCAACUUUGUCAUACUGAAUAGUCACACACAUUUCAAAGUUGGUGAUCAGCUGGAGGUGCUGGUCCACAUGAAAGAUUAUGAAGGGAAACCAAAACAGUAUGGUGGAGAUUACCUUCAAACAAGAAUCCACUCUGCUCAUCUGAAAGCUGGAGCUACUGGAAGAGUUGUAGAUUACCAGAAUGGAUCUUACAGAGUUUUUUUCACUUUACCCUGGCCAGGGGAGGUCAUGGUAUCUGUGUCUUUGGUCCACCCAAGCGAAGGGAUCCAAGCCCUUCAACGUUUACAAGAAGAAAGACCAGACAGGGCCUAUUUUAAAAGCCUAUUCAAAUCAGGGAGAAUUUCAGAAACCACUGUGUGCAAUGUGUGUUUGCCUGGAGACAUGCCAGUCUGUAACUUUACAGAUCUUUACACUGGCGAGCCAUGGUUUUGCUACAAACCAAGGAAACUCUCCUGCGCUACCAGGAUCAGCCAUUACAAAGGAGGAUAUCAAAAGGGGCUUUUGACUUCAGAAGAGAGUCGCCUUUUCCAAAGUGAUGUGAAUAUUAAAGUGCCAAUAUCCUCAAGUGGCCCUGAUACUGUGAUCGUAAGGCCUUUGGGGCAUGCAGAGAUGGACAAUAUGGAAAGAUCUCAAAGCCCUGAUGUAUUUCCUUCUGGAUAUUAUUAUCAAGAUGAGUGGCAACCAAGAACACAGUGGAUUCGUCAUUUUAAUAAGUCAUCAGAUAUUACUGAAUGUUUAGAGGGGAAACUUAUCCACUUGUUUGGAGAUUCUACAAUCAGACAGUGGUUUGAAUAUUUGACAACAUUUGUUCCAGAUCUUGUGGAGUUAAAUCUUGGCAGUCUUAAAAAGGUUGGUCCUCUCAUGGCUGUGGACCUGAAGCAUAACAUCCUACUAAAAUUCCGCUGUCAUGGGCCCCCUAUUCGCUUUUUCACUGUGUUUAGCAGUGAGCUACACUACAUUGCCAAUGAACUGAAUCGCAUUGUAGGUGGGAGGAACACUGUGAUAGCCAUAACUAUCUGGUCUCACUUUAGUACUUUCCCUGUAGAAGUGUACAUCAGGAGACUGAGGAACAUUCGCAGGUCAGUUGUUCGGUUGUUGGAUCGGAGCCCCAAAACUCAGAUAGUCAUCAAAACAGCCAACGUUCAGGAGCUUGGACCAGAAAUUAGCCUUUUCAACAGUGACUGGUAUUCCUAUCAGCUUGAUACAAUCAUGAGGAAGAUGUUCUCAGGAAUUGGGGUGUACUUUGUGGAUGCGUGGGAGAUGUCACUGGCACACCAUUUGCCACACAAAUUACACCCGGAAGAUGUCAUUGUCAAAAAUCAGUUGGAUGCUUUCUUGUCUUUUGUGUGUCCGCUGGAAACGCACUAUAGCUUCUUAAGAGGAAUACAUAAUCAAAUGUGGUCUCUGUUUCUGUAAUUCAGUGUCACUCAUGUUCUGCACUAGAUGUUUACCAUGAGUUAUUGCUGAUUUGACCUGCAUCUUAUCUGCUCAGCCUGCGCUAUACUAUACUUAAUAAUAUUUGCAAUGUUUGGGGGCUAUACUACUAUAAGCACACACGCCUUUUUGCGGUGCGCAUCUCAGCGUGCAGGUGUUCACAAUUCCACUCAUUGGUGAGUGUUCCCUCACCGUCUGGUGACGGUAAUGAGAGGGGCUUCCUCUUCAGCUUGCAAGUUCCGCUUGCCCUUGUAAUUGCACUGAAUUUCAGGGGUGGGGAAAGACUGGACUCAACAAACAUGAACUAUUUGCUUCUGUGCAGCCCUAACUCCCAAUUCCAACAGGUCUUACAUGUUCUCUUGCAGUGGAUAAAGGAUAUCCUUCGAUAAAUUGCUCCUCCCACUGAGUCCGUUAGGCAAGACUAUGCUUAUUUAGGUUUUUGAGCGCCUUCAAAUGAGAAGGAGCAGCCUACUGUAGUUUUGUUCAGGCCUAGCUCCGAAGCAGCAUGAUGAUGGUAUUCUGACGAUACUUCUCAGUCUUUUCCUUCACAGCUUAUCUACUUCCUUCAUUUUUCCUCUCAGCUUUUCUAAAGGGAUUUAGAGCUUUUCUACACAAGGCAUUUAUUGUGUGCUCGUUAUUUCCUACUGGUAUCCAUUCUGAGGAGGAAAGUCCCAGGUUGUCCCUGGAUUCUGUGAAGGGUCUCUUGGUCAGCGAUUUGGCCUCCUGGAAAAGACAGAGCAAGGCAGACGGUGCUCUUCAGGCCAAGGCCUUUUGUGAUAACAUGACU